AUGACGCUUCCCACUUACGACCAAUUGCCUAUUGAGCCUACAUACCCUGCUCACUCCGCUUGGGGUUUAUGGGGCAAAGACGAUAACCUGGGCACCCUGAAUUUAUUGACAGAAGAGCGUGUGGCGAAUGCAUCCAAAUGUAUCACACGCGGUGCUGUCUUUCCGUUGAAUUGGAAGUUGGAGUCGCCGUCACCUCCGUUAUUCAACCGUUCAGGUCUGGAGCAUCAGUUCAAACCCCUUGUGGAGGGUGAUCUUGCCUUUGACGAUACCUACAAUAAUUUCAACACGCAAUCUUCGACUCAAUGGGAUGGACUUCGCCACGUUGCUCAUCUUGGUAGUGGCAAGUUCUAUAACAAUGUGACUUCCUCGGAGAUCGUUCCUGGACCCGAACAAACGGACCGCUUAGGCAUUCAUCAUGCGGCUCGACGCGGUAUUGCUGGUCGCGCUGUAUUGCUGGACUACGGACGAUGGGCCAAGGUUCAUAACAAGGAAUUCGAUCCUUUUGCUCGCUAUGAAAUUACGGUGCAAGAGCUUGAAAAGGUGGCAGAAUAUCAAAAAGUCACUUUCCAAGAAGGUGACAUUUUGCUUGUUCGUACGGGCUGGAUGGAAAAAUAUGAAGUGGAAGGCGACCGCAUGAAGGAUAUCAUGAACUUGGCCGAACCCACCUGCGCUGGCGUCAAAGCGUGUGAAGACACAUUCCGUUGGAUCUGGAAUCAUCACUUUGCGGCUGUGGCAUCCGACAAUUUCCCCUUUGAAGCGUUCCCUCCCACGGACUGGGAGUCAUCUUGCCAUUGCAUGUUCCUUGGAGGUUGGGGUAUGCCUAUUGGCGAAAUGUUCUACUUGGAAAAACUUGCCAAGGACUCGGACGAGGACAAAGUCUAUGAAUACUUCUUUACGAGUGCACCACUGAACAAGGAGAAAGGUGUUGCCUCACCGCCUAACGCCUUGUGCAUAAAAUAA